UCAGCUUUGUUUUACAUCAUUGAACGUCAGGCUCGUCGUAAUCUUUCCCAGAACAAAAAUUACUGGCGACAUUGUUUCAGCGUUCCGAAGCUCCAGGCAACAAAGGCUCCACGUUUUCUAGAUGUUAGAGAUCCGAUCAAGAUGGACACACUGUCCGAGGACUUCUUGAAGGAGUUGGAGUGUCCUGUAUGUUUGGAGUACAUGAUGCCUCCUAUCACAAUGUGUGAGAGCGGACACAACAUCUGUGACUGUUGCAGACCUAAACUGGACAAAUGUCCGACGUGCAGACAGCCAUUCUUGAACGUGAGGAAUAAAGCUCUCGAGAACGUAGCCUGGAAACUGCAAUAUCCGUGCUGUUACAAGUCCACAGGCUGCUCCAUGUUGCUUCAACCCAAACUAAUGGACGAGCAUCAACUAGCUUGUCCUUACCGUCCAUAUAAAUGCCCGCUUUCAAAGGCAGAGAGUAUCAUGUGCGAAUGGGUUGGCGCACUGGCGGGCCUCAAGGAACACAUAGAAACAAAGCAUCGGAACAGACUGACAGACAUUGCACAUGGAAAGGAAGUUGUCAUCAGGAGAUACAGAAGCGAAUGCAAAUUUUCGAGAGUGAUUUUUGCUUAUGAUGAAAUCUUUUAUCAACAGUUUGAAGUGAUUGACAACGUGUUCUAUUUUCUAAUCCAGCACAUUGGUCCAGAAAAUUACGGUUCAAAGUUUCAGUAUAACUUUACAUUAGAGACGUAUGGAAGUUCCGAGUAUGUGUCUCUGGCUUUUGUAGCUCGGAGUUGCAAAGUGGAUAUCAAAGACAUAUAUCGUUCAGGGCAGUGUGUGAAACUGUUUUUUGAAACUGUCAAGAACUUCUUGAAUGAAAGGGGCGACUUCAAAUUCGAAUUUCAUAUUAGGAAACUCUAGAAAGAAGGAUUUGUUAUAAAAAGGACGUUACCACAAAUGAAGAUGGCUGUCUUCUGUAUUGUGGCGUCGCGUAGUAUGGUAGAAGUUUACCAUCGUGUCAGAGGUCCUUGCUGCCUCCAUCAUCAGCGCGACUUCUACCAGAACUCAUGGCGCUAAAACCCAGAAGACAAGCCAUCUUCCGACUCACCGUCGUGAAAACUUCAAAUCCAUUGUGUACUAUCUUAGUUUCCCGUCAUAAUUUGAGGGUAAUUUUUGGUAGAAUAGUUUGUAUGUUACUUACGUAAGGACUGGGACUAACACAUGCGAAACCGGAAUGGGAUGUGUCUGUUUCCGUAAUGACGUCACCAAUUUCUUUGUCAUACACCAACAGUUUCCGCCAGAUAACGCCACGGGGAACGUGGUGUAAGAACGAGAAACAUCAUUACCCAGCAAGACGGAGCGCGUGUGCCGAGCGUUGCAGCGUUAAAGUGGCCUCGAGACGGAAAGUCGAGAAGAGAGACUUUCAAGCGACUGAGUAUGGCCACUUUCUUGCAAAUUAACACAUUUUAACAAGCCAAAAAUUAAUAAAAUCAAUUAAAUUUAAAUGAAGUAAGGCGUACCAAAUAUCAUCUAAUUACGUCUCCUUUUAUAUAAACCAGAUUAACAUGCCAAAGCCUGGUUUACCCCUCAUCUCAAGGUUCAGCCCGUUCGGGAAUCGAACUACGAACCUGGACUGGCACACUACCCUAUGUAUUUUUCCACAUAGCUAUUAAAUUCAUUAUAGAUUUUCAUAAUUAGAUAAUUAUUGAUGUCUGUUUUUAUUUUAAAUCUGAUAUUUCCUCUGCUCACAUCCACUGUUUGUAAUUGACGACUGUAUUCCACAUGCAGUGGGAAACUUAUUUGUAUACUAUAAAACAAUUACAUAUAAAAAUAUGAAUAAAUAUCUUUAAGUUUUAAUGAUUACACAUUGUUAAUAAAUUUUGGAUUAAACGAUA